CUUUUGAACUGUUGCAAGCAUUGCAUGCACGCCUUUUGACGACUCUGUGCGUGUGUACUUAGAUGAAUACGACUACUUCGACUACUUGCUAGUUAUUCCGGAAGAAUUGCUACUACUUACGUACCCUGGUUUAUCAAAAGGACCCACGACCAGCGACCCGUUCCGCCCAACAUACUUCCUUGCAUACACUACAUACUACUAGUAGUCAUAUCCUACUUACACACGCUCUACCCCUCCCGCGGACCCUUUCUACGUACCGUGCUACAACCGCAUAGCAGUAGUUAUGGCGCCACCGAACACGCCAUUCAUCUACAUCCUAUGGCACCUGUACCUUGAGCCGGUAUUUGCUCUCGGUGGGGUAUACAGACUGCACUUCAACCCGGAGAGCUACUUUGACUUUAUGCCGUCGACGUCGGGCUACAGCGCUUCGUCACAGAUUGUGUGCGAUCAGUUGGCGGCGGCGUACAUAUUCUUUGCGUUUACAGAAGGGGUGCUGUUGCGGGUUGUGGAUGAUAAGAGGACGUGGCGGUGGAUCUUGUUUGGGCUGUUGCUGUGCGAUCUGGGGCAUUGCUAUGCCGCGUGGUGUGAGAUGGGGUACAGGAUUUUUGGGCCUGAGGGGUGGGGUGGGAAAGAUGGGGUCACGAAUAGCUUGAAUGUGCUGCCGGUGUUGAUUCGGACGGGGUAUCUGCUUGGGAUUGGGGUGCCUGAGGGAGAGACGAAGAGGAGGGCUUGAUGGGGAGGUGGAUAUAUGUCAGUGAAUUACAAUGAGCAAAGCAGUGUUGUCUGUGUUGUGCAAUGCUUUUUUUGAUAGUCAGCCAUGGAGACUCGAGGGUGAACGCCUGGGGCGGGCUAUUAUCGGCGCUCUCUUCCCUU